GUUAAAACUUGUUUGGGCUGUUGGGAGGUCGUUCGUCGUUCAGCCGUUGGGUUGGUUGGGUUUGUUGCAUUUGUGGGGUCAGUCCAGCUUUUCUCGACAGUAGAGAGAUUGCGAGGAGCCCGGCAGGCUGCGUUGUAGUACCGUUUGACAAGGGUUUGUGUAGAUAAAAAAUUAAAAGUAUAAAUAAGGAUAAUAAAACGGGGGGAAACUCUUGACAAAACGGAAUCUCAAGAGACCGAGGAUAAUAACCUCCAACAUCUACAAUGGACGUGGGCGCGUUGUUACAACAUUCCCAGUACGCAAUACCUGUCGGCAUCGUCUUGGUCUGUGCCAUUUUGGUGUUUGUAUUUGGUUUCAAAAAUGCAGAACAGCCACCGUUCGCUCAGCUCACGUCAGGCUCCGACGUGGACCGGAAACCAGCUGGCAAAAAGCGCAACAAGAUCAAGGAAAAGCAGGCACGUGCUCCUCCCAAUGGUCAGGUAGUAGCGGGAGACAAGGCAAGCCCCGUUAAGAAAGCGUCACCUGUUAAGACAGAAAGCGUGAAAAAAAAUACAGUAAAAAGUGAGGAGGUUGCAGGUGAUGAACUGAAGGAGCGCAAACAAGACGGCAAUAAACCAGUAGUUAAUAAAAAAGAAAAAUUGCCUGUCCCUCCAAAAUUAGGGAAAGAAAAUAAGGUCGAGCAGGUUAAAAAUAGAAAGAAUUUGAAGAAUUCUUCCCAAGAAAAGCCGGUCGACUUUGAUGAUGGUGAUUGGGAACAACCGGCUUACGCGAGAAAGGACAAGAAGAAUAAAAAAAAAGAUGACGACUCUCCGCCAAAGAAAAGUAAGAAGGAGGGAAAAAAAGCAGAGCUGAUCAGUGAUAUAAGUCGUAAAGAAAAAGAGCAGAGUCGAUCAGAAGUUAAGGACAAGGUGGCUAAAGAUACUGAGAACAAGGAGUUGAAGGAAAAAGAUAAGAAAGAUGUGAUCCUAACUCCUGUAGCUGACGUUCAACCUGCGGUCAAGGUACUUGAAAACAAAGAAGAGGAGGAAUUGGAAAAGAUUGUGAUACCAGAAAAGGUGGAGCAAAUAGAAAGCUCUGAAAAAACAGCAGAAAAAAAGGCAGGUAAAGUUAAGAAGGCAAAGAAAGCUGUUGCAAACGAAAAUGACCAGCCGAUUUCCAAUCCUAUUUCUCCCAAGAAGCUCGAAAAACUCGGGCAAGAGUUGGUAGAAGAAGCUAGACCGACAAAAAGUGAAGAAGUGAUCGAGGAAAAGAAAAUCGAUCAAGUUGAAGAAAAAAGCUCUGUAGUCUUUGAUGAAUUAGGAGAUGUGUGGACAGAGGCCAAGCCACAGAAAAAGAGCAAAAAGAAAGCUCGUAAAGAUAAUUGAGAAGAAGGUCAUACCCGUAACAGCAUUCCCUAGAAUGGAAACACAACUGAGUGCUGCGCAGCUCCUUUGUUAUUAAGUUGGGCAGAUCAGGUGUGUAAAUUGAUUUUUCUUGUUAAUCGCCUGAGAUUAAUCCUUCGCUCCCCUGUACAUAGAACACCAAACGGUCUCGUUUUUGGGGUCCUAAUGGGCAUGCCCCAUGUUAGGGUUUCUCAGAUCGUCGCGUUAAAGAACAAAAUACAAACAAAUACCAAAAAAAAAAAAAAAAGAAAACACUGAAAAACAGAAACAGAAAAUUAUAAUAAUAAAAACCAACAUUCUUCUUCGUAAUCCACCCUCUCAUUUCCAACGAGCACACAUGGGGCAUAUUUUUGUUACUUUAGACAUAAGCAUACUUAUGUUAGUACAUGGUUGGAUUUGUGAUAACAGUUUCAUUGUAGAUGUUACAAACCAACUAUGCUCAGCAUAAUGUUGCAUCUGUUCAACAGAAAACAUUGCCGAUAUAUCGACAACUGUGGGGAUAAUUGUAGAGUAAACGCGUCGCGAGCUUUGAAAAACAAAAAAAAAAAUAUAUUAAAAGAAAAAAGUGCAUUUUUGGUCACUUCUACACACGUGCAUAGGUUCCAAAGUUUUCAACGGCUAUUUAUCCAUUCGUGCAUUACAUUAAAUGCUGGUUAGCUAAAAAAAAAUAUCUCAGGUCUAUUCGGUACCAUCGAGAAAGUAGUGUCGCACGUGCCCUUAUUUAAAAAAAAAAGCAAGAAAAGUCGGGUAUACAAUUCGCAUCGAUCGUCGUUGAGCAUAGAUCUCAUCCAGGUGCAAGACUUACGCUGUUGUGUUCUCGGUCAAAUUUUCUAACAGAUUAGUUUGCCGAACACCCUGCAUACAUAGUAUACAUACAUACAUAUUUUAAAUUAAUGAUCAAAUAUAUCUGUGUAUGUGUGUGCGUAUGUAAUAUUUACACCUGUACUAUGUGUAUAAAUUUAGUGUAAUCAAUCUGUGUACAUGUAUAGGCUGGCUAUGGCAAGAAUCAUUCUGCAUGGGGUCCAACCUCCUACCAUCACUUUACUUUCAGUGUUUCGGCUUAAAAUUGAAUUGGUAAAAGUUAAAAAUGUGGAAAAAGUGAGAAUUGGGGAGGAGCAAAAAAAUUAGUAAAAAACUGUUACUGGAAACCCUGCAGGAGGACAACUGUCCUUAUUGAAACAUAAGUAAAUGGUUAAUUAUAAAAUAUAUACAAACAAUGGUGAUUUAUAUUAGAAUAUUUAAAAAAGAAAAAAAAACACAUGAUAAUACUAAAUGCAAAGAUAGUGCAACAAUGUGAUAACUGUACGUGAUACCUGAGCUCGUUACUUGAACAUCUUUAAAAAUAAUAUUGCAUUCAUUAGAUUCUACAUAGAUUUAAAAUUGAGUUCAAUAGUAUUUUUCAUGCUCAUUGCCUCUGUUAGAAUGUAUAACUCCAACUCAAUUUACCGAUAAAAAAAUUUCAUUCAAAUAAAAUCUGACCCCGGCAUCCAAUCUUUUGCGAUUGAACAAAAUUCAGCUUAUUGGCUCGGUUCAGCUAGUUUCAUUCAUGUGCCAAAAAAUUUAUGAUACAAAACUGAAAUUCAUUUUAUAUUAUAAUACACACGAUUCUAUUAUCACAGUCCUCAGGUUUCUUCGCAAUUCAGCCAUCUAACAAUGUUGUACUUUAGAGAAUUAGUCAAAUACGGCCUGGCUAUGGCUGGUAACAUGGAAUAUUUUUAUAAAAACUAUUACUUCACAAUGCAUAUGAUGCAAAGUACACAGUCAUUUUCAUCUACCAUGGUUUCAUCUAGUUUGUCAUUGUUUUGUUUCCUAAUAUCAUUUGUCCCUAUUACUACUACUAUUUUUUUCGCUGCUGCUACUGCUGCUACACUAUUCUAACGGUAUCUUCUUCAUCGUUAUCAUCACCAUUGCCCAUCAUUAUACUUUUACUUCUAUUGUUGUUAUUAAUAUUAUUAAUACUAAUAUUAAUACUAUCCAAUUCUGCCACAAUUAUUAAUGACAUCACUACUACCAUCAUUGUUAUUAUUAGAGAUCAUAUUUUGAAUAUCAAAUUUGUACAUAUUAUAGAAUAUCUGUAAUGCACCUAUAGUGUGCAACGAAAAGCAAACUAUUCAUGAAUUGAAAAAAAAAGGAAAAAAAAACAGAAAAUGGAAAAAGAAAUAAAUACAUUUUACUGCAACAGCUAUGGAAAUGGAGCUUUGUAGAUUUGUUGGCAUUGAAUUCGACAAUAUACAGCAGUAACUAAAAUUCUGCAUCGCUCUUACCUCUCUACCGAGAUCAUUCGGCCACACUUGGCUGUUGUAUCAGCUGGACCAAGACAUCGGUAUCAAAUUUGACCGAUGAAUACAGCAAAUAAUAAAGCUGUAAAGGAACAAAGAGCUACGACAAAUGACGUUCGAUAGUGACGCAUAUUGUACAUACCUCUACGUGCACGUAUUGAACUGCUGUCCGUAGUCUUCCAUUCCAAGAUAGUGCAUAGCAACAGUAUACCUGCAUCUACGCCUAAUAUGUAUACUUAUGUAUGUAUGUAUGUAUGCAUGUAUGUAUUGUUCAAAGCUGUUCAUGUACUGCUUGUAGGCGCUGCAAGUAUGAGCUCGGCUUAAGCCAACAGAUUCUCACUAGCUUCAUAUCACCCAAAAUCCAGUCAUGAACCCGACAAUUAAUUUUAUUACUUUUCUUCUUCUACUUCUCUUCUCUUUUGUCAGCCCGUCCACAAAUUUGAUGAAAUCAUUUGACAAAUCUGGAAUCUGUCAAUCUACGAUUUAAUAAUUGAACUUUAAAUUAGAUGAUGUAUUUUGAAUCCAUGUAGCUGUUAAUAUUCCUAAAAUGAUUCUGCUAACGUGAAACGAUAAGUUAGUAAUCUAAGAAAUAUUUUGGGUGUAAAAUAUUUUUUUCUCCAUGAGACUUCGAUUUAUCGAUUUCUCAUUAGAUGACUACAUACCAUGUUAGAACUGGUCACUGAGUAUGGUCAGAUACCACAGGUAUGUAUAGGAAAGUCUAAUUAAAUGGAAAAAUGAAUGACGGAUAAGGUAAUGGGCACGAAACGGUGUCAGGGUUAAAAAUAAAAGCAAGUCUUGGAUUGUGCAACCUUGUGAAUUCAAUGAAAUGGAAUAAAACUAUAUUUUUCCAGCAUA